AUGUCCGACGAAGAGUCCUUCGAACUAAACCCUCUGGUGUGGGAUCCCUCACGAAGCAGAUUGCCCGAGAAAGAGGAGUCAUGGGGUCUGAAAAAGGCAAGAACCCAGGACCGAGAGGAUUGGGUAGUUAGACUGAAAUUCAAGCAAGAUGGCGAGCCGGACGAGAAGGUUGGCACCGGGUUCUUUCUCAAUAUCCCCGGAGCCGAGUGGUAUGUCAUCUUAACAGCAGGCCAUAAUCUCGUGGAUAAGAGCGGCCAUCCCUCCAAGGACCUCAUCAUCGAGCGACACAAGCACAAAUAUCCCAUCGAGCCACUAGACAUCCCGCCAUUCGUGUGUCCACUGUACCAUCGUGAGCGUGGUGAACAGGGCCCGGACCAUGACUACGGGGUCAUUCUCGUUCGCCGGCAGUUCGAGACGAACAAGAAUCUCAGGAAGGCAUUGGAUCUCGAUCUUGGGUUUGGAUUCGCGCUGAAUCUGGCCUACGAGAAUCUCGAAUCCAAGACGCUGGAACUCACUGGAUUUUUCCCUCAUGAGGAAGAUAAGACAGGAAGAAAAGUCCAAUCAAAAGAACAGGAACUUGAGCCCCUCAGUACCUCCAGUGGAGAAUGUCGGAUUGCCCGGGAAAGUCAUCUGGAGUACGAUAUAACGACCGACAAAGGGCUGAGUGGAUCGCCAGUCUUCAUGCCCUACAAUGGUCAUGAAACGGUGGUAGCGGUCCACAACAACGGCCCCGCCAGACGCGGCAAGGGAAGCACCGGAGCUCGGAUCAACGCCACUGUCCUCAAGCAGAUCUUCGAGUGGGCCAAUCUCAGUCAGCAUCAUAAGGCUCUCAAGGCUGCUUCCGAUAAAAGCGAGCCGGACCCAUUGUAUCUGCAUUUUCCUCCGUACGAGGACUUAGCGUGGGUCCACUGGGGGAAAGAGGGGAUGAACACUGCCUUUGAUGUGUUUCCAGCCUAUGCACCAACCCCUCUCGUGGACGUUAGCAUGCUGCAUGUGUUCCAGCAUGUGCCGCCUCCGGAUUGGCCCGAGGCAAGAAAGGAUCAGCAGUGGGUCUUGUGGGAUGUCAUGGCAAAAGGUGUCACACUCACGGAUACCCUGCAGCAAUUCUGCUUUGUGGAGCUGAAACAAUCCAAGAAGGGAAAAAUGUUCACGGUUGUCGUGAGGUUGGAGGGUGGGAGGGACCAGAGUAUGGCUUGCCUGGUAGUGAAUGGAGAUGACAUUACCGAGUUGGAUCGAGAGACAGACACCUUUGAUGGCUCCAAUGUGUCGUUGGAAAAGUAUAUUAAGAAUUUACCACUCAAGUAUAACACCUUUUGCUGGGACGACGUAGCCGCCUAG